AUGGCAAACCCCGAGGCCCCUUUCCGCCCCGUGACGCUCAGUCGCCUGCAGCAAAGAAUGCUCCAAGAUCGCACGCGUGCUCUUUUUGGCGAUUCACCGCCCCCCAAGCGACAGCCUGCCCCGUACCCCGAAGGCGACAUCAUCUACCACUGCAAUGAUCGCUAUGUCGUGCGACACGGUGAUGCUGUCACUAAAUAUACCGUAUCCCCUCAUGGUCUUGGCGUAAACGACCAUCCCAACGAGAGUGCAGCGCUGCGCUUUAUCAAAGAACACACUACAAUCCCCGUCCCCGACGUCAUUAGCAGCGACUGGGACCGUAUCACCAUGGAAUACAUCGAGGGUCAGACGCUGAAGCAGGCAUGGCCAGCCCUUACGCUUGACCAGCGCUCCGAGAUCCUGGCUCAGCUGCGGGACUACAUCGCGCAGAUGCGACGCCUGGGCGGCAUCUACCUCGGCCGCGUCGACGGCCAGGGCGUUGUGGUCCCGAGCAUCUUCACACGCUCGGGAGGACCAUUCCGCACAGUGACCGAAUUACACGACUGGCUUGUUCGGCCCCCGCAGCGAUUGCAGGCCCAGUCCAUGUAUUGGCACCAGAUCACCACCCAGCUCAGUGCCGAAUCUCCCAUCGUGUUUACACACGGUGAUAUUGCCGCUCGAAACAUUCUGGUAUCUGGUGGCCGUAUCGUUGCUCUUCUCGACUGGGAAUUUGCAGGGUGGUAUCCAGAGUACUGGGAAUAUGUUUUUGCAUUACGGGGGCUGGAUAACAUUGACUGGGAGACACUCGGCGAACAUGUUCCAUCUCUCUUCGACAAGCGCUACGAUCUCGAAUACAUCCUUGUACAAUUCAUCCUCAAGCUCUCCUAA